AUGCCCACUUGGUUCUCUCCAUCUAGGAGGGACCCAACAAGAUCUCUGCUCUGCAUUGCUGCAUGUGAGCUUGUGGGUGGCGACGAGGCCACUGCCAUGUCAGCCGCUUGCGCGGUCGAGAUGAUCCACACGAGCUCUCUUAUCCAUGACGACCUUCCAUGCAUGGACAAUGUGGACCUCCGCAGAGGCAAGCCUACAAACCACAAGGUAUUUGGAGAAGCUAUGGCGGUUUUGGCAGGUGAUGCACCCCUUUCUUUGGCGUUUGAGCAUAUGACCGUCAUGUCGAGUGGGUUGAUCACCCCUGAGAGGAUGAUCCAUGCUGUGAUUCAGCUUGCAAUGGCCAUUGGGACAAAAGGGCUAGUGGCUGGGCAAGUGGUUGACCUACGAAGCCAAGGGUUGAAUCCGGACGACGUCGGAUUGGACCGCCUAGAGUUCAUUCACCUCGACAAAACAGCGGCUUUGUUGGAGGCAGCGACGGUUAUAGGAGCCAUAAUGGGAGGUGGCACACAGGAAGAGAUCGACAAGCUUAGAAAGUAUGCCAGAUGCAUUGGCCUUUUGUUUCAAGUGGUUGAUGAUAUUCUUGACGUGACGAAAUCUUCCGAGGAAUUGGGUAAGAACGCCGGACAAGACGUUAUCACCGGAAAAGUGACGUAUCCGAGGCUGAUUGGUUUGGAGAAAUCGAGGGAACUUGCGGAGAAAUUGAGCAGAGAAGCAGAGGAACAGCUUAUAGGGUUUGAUUCUGAUAAGGCGGCUCCUCUAGUGGCUCUGGCUAGCUACAUUGCAUGUAGAAACAAUUGAGUCUCUGCAGGAAAUCUCUUGAGUUCGAUCUCUCGUCUUGUUAUUUUAAAUUUUCAAUUUCUUCUUUUAACUCGUAGUAUAUUAUAUUUUAAAAAAUGUUAUUUACUUUUAAUAAACGUCCCACUUCUAAAGUA